UGGAUAAAGCUGUACACAAAUUAAAAAUGAUAUUUUCAUACUACUUGUUUCCAUUCAUAUAUACAAUCAAUUCUGGAUUUCCUAGUUGACAAAAAAGAAAGAAAGAAAGAAAGAAAGGAAGAAUGGAUCUUCCCUGGUAUGCUCUUCUAAUUCCUAUGCUUCUCUUCACUUUCUUCCUUCAUCAAUGCUUCUUUUCUACUUCAAAUAAUCAAAAAAAGUUACCACCGUCUCCAAGAAAGCUUCCAAUCAUAGGCAAUCUCCAUCAACUGGGAUCAUUUCCUCACCAUUCACUCCAUGAACUAUCGAAAAAAUAUGGUCCAGUCAUGCUACUUCACUUAGGCAGUAAGCCAGUGAUUGUUGCUUCCUCUGUCGAUGCUGCUCGCAAUAUCAUGAAAACUCACGAUCUCGUUUGGUCAAAUAGACCUAAAUCUAGCAUCGCUGAUAGACUCUUUUAUGGCUCAAAGGACGUGGCCUUUAGUCCCUAUGGGGAAUAUUGGAGACUAAUUAAAAGUAUCAGCGUGCUUCACCUUCUCAGCAACAAAAGAGUCCAAUCUUAUCGUCAUGUGAGAGAAGAAGAAACAUCGAAUAUGAUUGAAAAAAUCAGACAAGUGAGUGAUUCUAAUUCGUCGAGUUCAGUGAUAGAUUUAAGAGAUUGUUUCUGUUCUCUCACCAAUAACAUAGUUAGCCGAGUGGCCUUGGGGAGGAAAUAUUAUGAAGGAGAAAGUGGAAUAAAUGCUAAGGUCACCCUGGAUGAAUUUGCUAAACUUUUGGGUACUUUUAGCAUUGGGGAUUACAUUCCAUGGCUUGAAUGGAUCAAUAAAAUCAUUGGUUUGGACAACAAAGUGGAGAAAGUAGGUAGAGAGUUGGAUACAUUUUUGGAGAUUGUGAUUGAAGAACACGUUAGUAGGAGAAACAAAGGAGAAUACAGCGCGGGUGAAUCUAAAGACUUCGUUGACGUUUUGUUGGAAAUUCAGAAUGGAAGGGAAACUGAAUUUCUUCUUCAAAGGGAUUCAUUGAAAGCUAUCAUCUUGGAUAAUUUUGCUGCUGGUACGGAUACAACGUAUACAGCUUUAGAGUGGAUAAUGACAGAGCUUUUGAGGCAUCCAAGAGUUAUGAAAAAGUUAGAGGAUGAAGUGCGACAAUUAGGACAAGGGAAAACAGAGAUAACAGAGGAUGACUUAAAAAAUAUGCACUAUCUUAAAGCAGUGAUCAAAGAGACUCUGAGGCUUCAUCCACCGGUUCCACUACUAAUUCCUAGAGAAUCAACGGAAGACAUAAAAAUACUUGGCUAUCAAAUACCUGCUAAAACUCAAGUCUUUAUCAAUGCUUGGACAAUUGGAAGAGAUCCUUUAUCAUGGGAAAAUCCAGAGGAUUACCGACCAGAGAGGUUCUUAAAUAGUAAUAUUGAUGUCAAAGGAUUAAACUUUGAGUUGAUUCCGUUUGGAGCAGGCAGAAGGGGCUGCCCAGGAACUGCUUUUGCUAUUGUGAUAAUUGAGCUAGCAUUAGCAAGGCUUGUGCACAAGUUCAAUUUUGUAUUACCAAAAGGGUUAAAACCAGAGGAGUUGGAUAUGACCGAAGCCAGUGGUCUCACUAUUCGUAGGAAAUCACCUCUACUAGCAGAGGCCACUCCAUGCUCCAGUUAUUAUUAGGAGUUUCUACAUUUUUUUGCUUCUUGGUGACUCGAACCCAUCAUACUUACAUAUGAUGCAGAUCACUUAUCUUAAUCACCAAUAUAUACAAUGGAAUAAUACUUCCCAGUACUGCUAGUAGCUAAUAAUUUCACGAUAUGUGAUAAGUGUACCAGUGACUCCCUUUCUGGGUGUUUUAUACAUUGAUCGUGAUGAAAUAUAUGCGUCCACCACACGAGUUAGGAGACCAUGUCUCUUGACACAAUCAGUUAACAUAAUGCUCAAAUUAAGUGCAGAAGGUAAAAUGACACACAAUGUUUACAUGGAAAAUGUAACACCCCAUUUUUUUUCUUU